AUGCCAACGAGUAGACAACCAGCCGAAGAUACACCACUUGACCUCGCUUUUGCUCAAGAGCUCAUCUCCCCAGAGGUGACCAGGACUCUUCCUGUCGGCCUCACCAUACGUCCAUUAUCCUCUGAUGACUACAGCCGUGGUCAUCUCACCGUACUCUCCGUACUCACAAUGGUCAAAGACCUAUGGGCUGCAGCAUGGGCAGCUCAAUUCCACGCGAUUGGCUCCGUUCCGGACACGUAUUACCCACUUGUCAUUGUAGACAACACUUUGGACCGCAUCCUUGCCGCUGGCACGCUCUUCGUUGAGCGCAAGUUCCGGCAUGGAACCGGGUCGCGUCGGCUAGUCGCUGUCGUGACGAGUCAGCAGCGCAAUCGUCUUGGACUGAGAGUAGCCCAGGCUCUCGUUCACAUCAGCGGAAAAGCUGGAUGCUACAAGACGGUCGGAAAUUGCGUCGAUGCUAAUAUCCGUGAGUAA